UGUGCCAUCAACACUACUUGUAUAAUGUUUUAGUAUAUUCCACUUGUAUUGACAUUGUUUAAAUUUAUAAGUUCGUAGCUCGCACAUAUUCAGUGAUGGCACCAGGUGGGAGACCACGUCGUUCGCGCACUGGAUCUACCCCUUCUACUCAUGAUGCGAUGGAAACAACAUCGUUGUCACAUGUUGCAUCGCAGGCGUCUGAUCCCUCAGUCGCGCAUACACCGAGCACUGCAUCGUCGUCGACUAGCCGACGAGGACGUGGACCCACUCGUGGGUUGCUUUUAGAGCGACUUACGCGUGAGGGUAGGGUGACAGUAGAGUUCCCACAGGACUGCAUUAGACCUGUUGGGAACAAUGCCAUGUUGUUUACGUCGGAGGUCGGUGUCUUAUGCCGAUCUCUGAUCCCCCCCACCACUCCCCAUUGGGGGGACGUGACAGAUGAUGUGCGGCAGCUCAUCCGUCAGCGCCUUCAGGAUAAAUUUGACUUGGAUUUGAGUGUUCCGUACAUCUCUCAUGCCGUCGACGACAUGAUGAAGGAGCGGUUCAAGGAUUACCGCAGUAAGUUACACCAGCAAUACAAGCGGUGCAUGAGCCACCAGGAGGCCGUACAGUCCGCACCGCUGCACGUGACCGAUGAGGACUGGCGGAUACUCUGCGAUAGGUUUUCGUCUGAUUCUUUUCAGAAGAGGAGCAAAAUAAAUUCUGACAAUAGAGGAAAGUUAGAAGUGAACCACGUAGCUGGUUCAAAGUCAUUUGUACGACUUCGUCACGACAUGCGAGAUUCCGUCACUGGCCAGGAGCCCGGACCAGUAGACUUCUCUAUCGGCAGUCGACAGGAUCUUGGGUACAUCCUAGAGCCAGCGAGAUUUGGGAGGAGAUUAACACCUUACGCAGUCAGCCCACUCUCGAUGGUACUCAGCGGAGUGAGCCAGAGAUCCUGAGUCAGGUGCUUGGCAUCCGUUCUAGAUAUGUGCGUGGGUUUGGCCAUGGUGCCAAGCUCAUGGCACCCGCUAGAGCUGCCUUCAGCUGAUCCAUCGUCAUUGGCGACAGGGCCGUACGCCGAGCUGAUACUGCAGAGAGAGAGGUUCAGCAGUUACGGGUCGUCGUCGAUGACAUCAAAGAUCAGCUG